CUAUGGCGAACCGUCAUAUCCCUUCCAGAGAUCCUUAGGUUCUUUGGCACAUUUUCGCUGUAUAAAUGCAUCGGCAUAGUCAGUCACCCGUUUUGCACCUUUUCCUGUUGUAAAGUUGAAGUCGACGCGUUCAGACUCCCUUUUCAGCAUUUCCUUGCUCACCUUAAGGAGUUAGUUGAUUGCGCGACCGUUUUGAACCUUCCGUCAUCGCGAGGCUUAUCGAAUCAAACAGACCUGCUUGAUGAUCCAGUCCUGCCUCUUUUUCGUUGCAUCAUCUCUGUGCCCGAUAUGGCGCACUAUUAUUGGUCCCACUACUUUCUCAAUUUCGCACAUCAAUUUCUUAGCCCGUUUUCGGUCUGCGUCGCUUCCAAAUUUCUCCCAUACCCGCUUAUCACGAUCACGCUUCUUCUCGAUGGUUUUUGGAGUUCCAUUGAUGGCAUUUGUUUGUACAGGUAAGACGGGGGUAGAGCCUUGAGCAGUAUUGGAAGUGGACACUUGCGGUGAGCAUAUUGCUGACCAACGCGACAGAAGACCGUCAUUAUGUUUGCUCAGCUCUACACUAUCAGACUCUGGAUCAUUUCCACAUCCUGAUGUGUCAGGCAUUCGUGUAGGAGUACGUUCACCAGGAUCACUUUCUUCCCCAUCAGGAAGUUCCCAGACUGAUUCACGCGUUUCCUUAUGGUAGUAAUACUUGGCUCCAUCUUCAUCCACAGCCUUUCGCCACAUAUAUUCUUUAUGGGGAGGAGGCGGGGGAGUUUUGGGGGUGGGCGGUAGUGGUGUCGCUGGAGCGAUUGGGGACUCCGCCUUUUUCUGAACUGUCGCCUCUGUCGUCUUUUGGUCCAACAAAGACUGCAGUAUUGACACUUCCUUCAAAAGGAUCUGCAGGCGGGAUUGAAGCAGCGAUACGUCGCAACUCUGGUAAUAUUUACGAUACUCUUCAGGGUCAAAAUCUUCGGAGGGAAAACGUGA